UAUAAUCACGUAAGCCAUUCUCGAUAGUAAACAAAAACAUUCAACGGCGAACUUAUCGAACGACGUAACGUAAAUUUCAUGAAUUUAUACGCACAUAUUCGUGUAGUUAUGUUAACGCGCUAACGUACACAAUUUAACAGUUUUUAAAUUCUAUCUUAGCGUUCCAGUGCCGGUUUUAUUAUUUUUAUAAUAUUUUAUAUGUAUGUGAUUUAGUCAAAAUGUCUUCUACGCCGCCAAAAUUAAUGGAUGAUUGCCUCGGAGGUCAGGGUUCUGUAGGCCCUACUUACCAGCUGACCGAUUUCUCCAGCCAAUUUCGCCUAUUGGAUAAAGUCAAAGAUGGAAAUCUGCUAAGCUGUCAUUCUGGUGGAAGCCCACUCUCAAAAUCGUGGGUCGAUUUACACUCUCAUUGUCUGCAUAGCCCAGGCCGUGUGACACCUCCUUUCGUCUCAGCCGGUGAAGAAUAUUUAAGAUUACUAAAAGAAGCCCAACGUGACAGUAACCAGUCCUCUGCAAGAAUUUCUAGAGCAUCUUCAAAUGUAGCUUCUCUCAAAGGAAGCCCGAAAUCUCCGCCGAAUAGUCCAAACACGGAACCUUGCACGGAAGAAGAUUUGAAAGAUGUUUAUAUUAAUUAUUAUUCCAAGGAGGGAGAUUUUAUUAAAGUAGAUAAAAGUACGGAUUGGAUAUGGGAUUGGAGCAGUAGGCCUGAUUCGUUGCCACCUAAAGAUUGGAAAUUCGUGCAUCCUAAAAAGAAAACUUACAGUAUGCGCAAUGCCAAAGUUGGCAGCAUCGGAUUGUUCUCCAAAGAAGUACUUUAUACGUUGAUUGUGACGAAUUUCUUAUCUAUCAUCAUCGGAACCGGUGUUGGAAUAUGGCUGACAAAAAGAAACAUAUUACUUAGCAGUCUGAACUUCGAGUGAAUCGGCAGUCAUGAGUGGACGUUUGUACUUUUUUACAUUUCUUUAGCAUUUUAUAUAAGAUCAUCUCGCCCUUGUACUAUGUUAUUGGUUCGUUGAUUACGAAUUUAGUUAAUUUUUUGAUACAUUUUAAAAGGAAAUGUUUUCUAAAAAAUUAUUAACAAGAUAUUCCAAUUUUCUUCGUUUUUAUUUUUCUAUCUCUUUCAUCAUUUUUUUCUCAAGUAUAAGCUGCAAGCUAUAUUUUUGUGUUUUUUGACUUUUUUUUUUUUUUAAUUUUUUGUAUAAAAAAUAUUAUUGUAAAAUACGUUUCAUUUUACGAUUCUAUUUGUAUUUAUUUUUUUCUCCCUUUUUGUACAGAUUUUUUUUUUGUACGUAGGAAUAAAAAUAUUUUCUAACCUU